CUGUGAGGAGCGGAGGGAGGUGGCUCUAAGUGGCAGGGAGGAAGUGAGCGCCUCACAGCUCGGGGCGGCGGAGAAACUUGGGGCAUGAGCGGCGGGCACACUGCCUUGUGCUUGUGUGUGAACGAUGCCUCUCCUCGUGGAGAUGUGGAGGCGACUUCCUCUGGUUGCUGGAUACCAGGCUAGAAAUGUAAGACAUAGGUUGCAGUUCUGCACUGGAGUCUUUUACAGCACACAACCGCCCUCUAGUGAUGUGACCGUCCAAUACAAUCAUGGGCUCCCUGUUGUGACUCUCACACUACCAUCUCGAAAUGAACGUUGCCAGUUUACCAUCAAACCCAUGACCACCACAGUGGGACAGUUCUUAAAGGACAUCCAACAGGAGGACAAAGGAAUUGACAGAGUAGCUGCCAUGUCAACAGAUGGAACAAAGUUUGCUUCUUCAACACUGAUGAAUGUCCUGCUGCAGAAUGAUUUUCAGCUAGUUCUAAACACAUCCGCUCAUCACGUCAGCCCCCCUCCCAUAGUGAAUCUGCAGUCUGAGCGCUCUGAACAACUGGACCCAAUUAAGUGCAUGGUUCAAGACCUGCAUACUGUUUUCUAUUAUGAUGACUUCCUGGUCCAGAAAGAGCAGCAGUUGCUUCAAAGGUUAGAGAACCUGAAGGAAGAGUUGCAGCCGUUAGAGCAGAUGAAGAAGAACCUAAUGACUCUAACAGAGGCCAGAACUACCCAUCUCAAGUGGGUUGGGUUAGCACUUCUUUCUACACAGGGUGGAGCUCUGGCUUGGUUGACCUGGUGGGUCUAUUCUUGGGAUAUCAUGGAACCUGUUACGUACUUCAUAACAUAUGGAAGUGCCAUUGCUUUCUAUGCCUACUUCCUUCUAACCAAAUUGGAAUAUCUUUAUCCUGAAAUCAGCGACCGGCAGUUCCUACACAUCUUCUACAGAAAAGCCAAAGUGAUGAAGUUGGAUAUUGAGAAGUACAACAGGUUGAAAAAUGAGUUUGCAAAGACUGAGGAAAGCUUAAGGCGGCUGAGAAGUCCUCUACAACUCAAAUUACCCAUUGAACAAAUACAUGACAGAGAAUAGACCUUCAAUUUUUAUGCAGUAUAAAGCAUUUUUCAGGCUUGAAAUAAUUUUAUAAAAGAAACUGGAUUCUUGAUCGCUUCUUAAAAUACAAUAAAAUAUAGACGAACUAAGGUAGA